AUGCAGUCCGAUAAUUUCAAAUACUACCAACAUGACCGAACAACCCCCGCGAAGAAGAAGUGCCUCGGCGCCGACUGCGAAAACGAUGCCGGCACCCUCCAAUGCCCCAAGUGCUUGAGCCUGGGCAUCAAGGGCAGCUUCUUCUGCUCCCAGGAUUGCUUCAAGAAGAACUGGAACACCCACAAGGAGCUUCACAGGCUUGCCAGUCCCGAAACCUACAACCCCUUCCCUACCUUCGCCUACACCGGUCCUCUCCGUCCCGUCUACCCUCUUUCGCCGAGGCGUGUGGUUCCUAAGUCGAUUCCCCACCCCGACUAUGCCGAGAGCGGUAUUCCCGGCGGCGGCCGUACAAGGUCCAACAAGAUCGAGCAGCUAGACGAGAAGGGUCGCGAGGGUAUGCGCAAGGUCUGCCGCCUCGCCCGUGAGGUUCUCGACGUUGCCGCUGCCGCCAUCCGUCCCGGCAUCACCACCGACGACCUCGACAAGAUUGUGCACGACGCCUGCAUCGAGCGCAACUCGUACCCUUCGCCUUUGAACUACAACUUCUUCCCCAAGUCCGUCUGCACAUCGCUCAACGAGGUCAUCUGCCACGGCAUCCCCGACAAGCGGGUCCUCGUGGAUGGCGACAUCCUCAACCUCGACGUCACCCUUUACCACGAAGGCUACCACGGCGAUUUGAACGAGACAUACUACGUUGGCGACAAGGCCAAGGCUGACCCCGACUCGGUGCGCGUCACCGAGACGGCCCGCGAGUGCUUGGAGGAGGCCAUCAAGCUGGUCAAGCCCGGCACCCUGUUCCGCGACUUCGGCAACGUGAUCGAGGCGCACGCCAAGAGCCGCGGCUGCAGUGUUAUCCGUACCUACGUCGGCCACGGCAUCAACAAGACCUUCCAUUGCCCGCCCAACAUUCCUCACUACGCUAAGAACAGGGCGGUUGGCGAGUGCAAGCCUGGCAUGACCUUCACCAUCGAGCCCAUGAUUGCGCUUGGCAAGUACCGUGAUGUCACCUGGCCCGAUAACUGGACCUCUACCACCAUUGAUGGCAAGAGGACCGCUCAGUUCGAACACACUCUCUUGGUCACUGAGACCGGUGUCGAGAUUUUGACGGCGCGCAAGGCCGACUCUCCUGGCGGCCCGGUACCCAUGCCUACUGCUACUGCUGCUUGA